GAGCUCGGCUGCUGGGUUGGAGAAAAAGAGGGUAGGCAAGCGCAGGGGGCGGGCGGCCGAGGAGCGCUUUCGAAUUAAUCGAGCUAGCUUAGCUGUUUUUCCCUCUCCCGCUCCUUUAAACCCCCCUGCAUCGUAGAGAGCGGGCUGGAUUCUCUGUGGUGCUGAUGGAGGAGGGGGAGCAGGUUGAAACAAUCGAGUGGGCGCGCCAGGACUCCCCAGCUCCUGGCGGGGAAGGGAGGGGGAGCCCCUGUUCUGCGCAGGGAGGCGGCGGGGCUGGGGGGCCCCCGGAACGAGGAAGAGGCAGGGGUGACCGCUAGAAUAGGAAAGUGCUCACCCCCGGGAGGCAAAAUUUCGUUCAGAUCGCACAUUAAUUGGAGAUAUCUGAUUAAUUCCAGCUUCUGAUGACUAUAAAUGGCGAUUCUCUACCAAGGUGUCUAUAUUAAAAAAAAAAUCAUUCCGUGUCAUCCCCCACGUCAGGCCUGCUGGUGGGCGUGAGGCUGUACUUCCUCCGCCCCCUUCUAAUGGAGUGAACCAUUCCCAGCUCUCCCCCCCCUCAGCCUCUCUCUCUCUCUCUUUCUCUCUCUCUCUCUCUUUCUGUCUCUUCCUCGCUCCCUCUCUUUCUCUCCUCCCUCUGCCUUCCCAGUGCAUAAAGUCUCUGUCGCUCCCGGAACUUGUUGGCAAUGCCUAUUUUUUGGCUUUCCCCCGCGUUCUCUAAACUAACUAUUUAAAGGUCUGCGGUCGCAAAUGGUUUGACUAAACGUAGGAUGGGACUUAAGUUGAACGGCAGAUAUAUUUCACUGAUCCUCGCGGUGCAAAUAGCGUAUCUGGUGCAGGCCGUGAGAGCAGCGGGCAAGUGCGAUGCGGUCUUCAAGGGCUUUUCGGACUGUUUGCUCAAGCUGGGCGACAGCAUGGCCAACUACCCGCAGGGCCUGGACGACAAGACGAACAUCAAGACCGUGUGCACAUACUGGGAGGAUUUCCACAGCUGCACGGUCACAGCCCUUACGGAUUGCCAGGAAGGGGCGAAAGAUAUGUGGGAUAAACUGAGAAAAGAAUCCAAAAACCUCAACAUCCAAGGCAGCUUAUUCGAACUCUGCGGCAGCGGCAACGGGGCGGCGGGGUCCCUGCUCCCGGCGUUCCCGGUGCUCCUGGUGUCUCUCUCGGCAGCUUUAGCGACCUGGCUUUCCUUCUGACCGUGGGGCCAGCUCCCCCCACGCGCCCACCCACACUCACUCCAUGCUCCCGGAAAUCGAGAGGAAGAUCCAUUAGUUCUUUGGGGACGUUGUGAUUCUCUGUGAUGCUGAAAACACUCAUAUAGGAUUGUGGGAAAUCCUGGUUCUCUUUUUUAUUUCGUUUGAUUUCUUGUGUUUUAUUUGCCAAAUGUUACCAAUCAGUGAGCAAGCAAGCACAGCCAAAAUCGGACCUCAGCUUUAGUCCGUCUUCACACACAAAUAAGAAAACGGCAAACCCACCCCAUUUUUUAAUUUUAUUAUUAUUAAUUUUUUGUUGUUGGCAAAAGAAUCUCAGGAACGGCCCUGGGCCACCUACUAUAUUAAUCAUGCUAGUAACAUGAAAAAUGAUGGGCUCCUCCUAAUAGAAAGGCGAGGAGAGGAGAAGGCCAGGGGAAUGAAUUCAAGAGAGAUGUCCACGGACGAAACAUACGGUGAAUAAUUCACGCUCACGUCGUUCUUCCACAGUAUCUUGUUUUGAUCAUUUCCACUGCACAUUUCUCCUCAAGAAAAGCGAAAGGACAGACUGUUGGCUUUGUGUUUGGAGGAUAGGAGGGAGAGAGGGAAGGGGCUGAGGAAAUCUCUGGGGUAAGAGUAAAGGCUUCUAGAAGACAUGCUGCUAUGGUCACUGAGGGGUUAGCUUUAUCUGCUGUUGUUGAUGCAUCCGUCCAAGUUCACUGCCUUUAUUUUCCCUCCUCCCUCUUGUUUUAGCUGUUACACACACAGUAAUACCUGAAUAUCCAACGGUAUAGAUCACAAGGGGGGGAUGUUAAAUGUUAAUCUAAAAUAUAGCUAAAAAAAGAUUUUGACAUAAAAGAGCCUUGAUUUUAAAAAAAAAAGAGAGAUGUAAUUUAAAAAGUUUAUUAUAAAUUAAAUUCAGCAAAAAAAGAUUUGCUACAAAGUAUAGAGAAGUAUAAAAUAAAAGUUAUUGUUUGAAA